AUGCCGUUUCGUCAGAGGAUGGCCCGCCACUUUGGCGAUUCGCUAGCUCCCGAGAAACCCUAUCUCAGCUACUACGAUGUCCUGUUGACAGCGGAAGACAUCAAGGCUCUCAAGCAUGACUGGUUAACCGACAACAACAUCGCUUUUUGGGAAGAGUAUCUCGAGCGCGAGAUACUUCCUCGGUAUCCUCAAGCUCGUAUUGUCCUACUUCGUCCUAGUAUGACAUUCCUUCUCAUGAAGGAACCGGACACCCGAUCAAUCCAAUCCGCGCUACCCGAUUUCUCAAAGGUCACGCAUAUCUUCCUACCCAUCAACGACAAUCGUAACGUGAGUGUCGCUGAGGGUGGUAGCCAUUGGUCGCUGCUUCUAGUCUCGACUCUCGAUGGUGUGGCUUUUCACUACGACUCGCUUGGUGGUGCCAACUACUCCGAAGCCAAUGUGGCUACGCGCAAGCUUGCCAACAUACUCGGACGACCCCUUCGAUUCAUCAACCUCGAGGAUUGUCCCCAACAGGAGAACGGCAGCGACUGCGGUGUCUUUGUUUGCCUUUUGAUGCGCCAUCUCCUCGUCAAGCGCCUUCUUUGCGCUAACGCUCGCGAAAAGGUCUCGAUGAGUAUGGGUGGCAAGAUGGUCGAUAGUUACGGCGGCCGCAAAGAGAUGAUGCGAAUAAUCGAGAAUUUCCGUAAGGAGGGCGAGCGAAGGCGAUCGAGAAGCGCCAGCCCGUUUUCGAACAAGACACCGCCGCGGAUCGAAUAG